GUAGUGAAAAUGUUAAUUAACAGUUUUGAGAAAGUCAGAUUAUUAAUCUCCGUCAUUUAAACAUUCCUCCUUUCCAGUAGAUGGCGACGGUAGUGUUCCUUGUAAAUCUGUUUUUAAAAAGGAAGAAGAGCAGCGGGAACAAAGUAAAGCGUUCAUUUUAAUUGGAUAAAUUACAGUAUAGCUCACAGUCAUCGAGUAGAGGUCAAUAACCAGGAAAUCUCUUAUCGGGAAACAUUCUGGUGAUCGGGUCAUGGCUGAGCUAAAGAUUCGUCGUUACCACGAAGAUGAUGAGGAGGAUGUCAAGGAGAUUUUCACCCUAGGAAUGAGCGAGCAUAUCCCAUCCUCCUGCAUGCAUGUUCUCAAACAGCCCCUGCCACAGAUGAUUCUGGUGUGUGUGUUUUGCGCUAUAGUGACCAGCUCCAAGUCCAUUCUUUUGCCCAUACUUACAGUGACCCUGCUCUUGGCUGCAGGCCGGCAGGGUGUGAGCUACAUGUUCACAAAGUACAUCCAGACCUCCCUUAAGCAAGAUCUCAACAAUAUUCGACAGACCUACCUGGAGUCCCCAAACUCCUGCUUUUGGGUGGCCGAGAGUCAAGGCCAUGUUGUGGGUACAGUAGCUUGUUUACCUGUGCAAUUCGAGAACUACCUGGAACUGAAGCGUAUGUCUGUGAAAAAGUCUCACCGGGGACGGGGCAUUGCCAAAGCACUGUGUGGUACAGUGGCAGAUUUUGCUAGUGAACGUGGUUUUCAAGGAGUAGUGCUUCACACAUCGGUGGUCCAGAUAGAUGGACAGAAGCUCUAUGAAAAAAUGGGCUACCGCAAGAUCAGAGAAUUUAUUGCUCCGGAAGCAAUUGCCAGGCUUACUAAUUUCACAUUAAUGGAGUACCGGCUUGACCUAAAACGGAAUCGUGACUGAUGUUGUGAACUUCACAAAGAUCGCCAUCCUCUCAAUGAUGCAGCCAGGCUUUUUAACACAAUGGAGCAUAACACGAUCAUCAUUUGUGUACCUUAACCCAAAAACAUCCACCUUGGAAAAGGGAACCUCAAGGUUUUUUUGUUUGUUAGUUUUUCAAGUUUCAUCUACAUAUAGCUAAUUGUAUUUAAUUACUUGCAUAAAACUAAUACAGGUGUUCAAAUAUUGUCUAAGCAUCACUAAUGGGACUUAGUUAUGUUCUAAUGUUACUUUUGCUAUAGUUAACAGAAUAUUUAAAGGGAUAAUUCUCUCAUCAUUUACUCACCCUCAAAUGUCCCAAAUGUGGCUGACUUACUUUCUUCCGCUGAACACAAAGAUUUUUAGAAUAUCUCAGCUCUGUUGAUCCUCACAAUGCAAAUAAAUGGUGACCAAAACUUUGAAGCUCCAAAAAGCACAUAAAGGCAGGAUAAAAUUAAUACAUACAGUAUAACUCCAGUGGUUUAAUCCAUGUCUUCAGAAACUAUCUAAAUGGUUUUGAGUGAGAACAGGCCAAACUAUAUCUCCUUUUUCACUAUGAAUCUUAAUAUCAGUAGUCUCCAAGGGGAUCGUGAUUUUGAGCUUGAUUACCAUGUAGUGUUCUCCACAUGCGUCAAAUGCUAGGAAGUGUAAUCAAACUUGAAAUCAUUAUCGUGCCUAAAGACUGCAAUGGCAACAUGUACAGUGAAAAAAUAGUCACAUUUCUCAUCCAAAAUCAAUUAGAUUGCACGAAUUGUAAAACCAAGUAUUUAUAUUUGGUAGAUGAGAAACUGUCAUAUGGUGUUUAACGGGAACUGCUUGGAAUGUGAAUGAAGUUUUAUUUUCCUCUGUGGUGUUACAAAACAAAUGACUGGACAAGCCUGGCAGAUGAUGAUACAAUGGGAUCUGCUUCAGGAGAUUUUGAAGAGAUUGUUUUUAAUAAAUAACAGAAUCAACCCUAUAAUCUUGUAGUUGACCUUUCACUUUUCAUUGUGGAUAAAGUACAAAUUUAUGUAUUUAAUUUAUGAAAAAUGAAAAGAUGUGAUUGUCUUGUAAUUAUGUAAUGACCUGUGAAUGGUUGGAAACACCAGGCAUGCAAUCCAAUAUGCAUCUGGAUGAAUAAAUCUGUUCUGAUGAGAAUAAAAUGUGAUUUGUCAUAAUGAAAUAAAUCAAU